UUAAGACCUUAAGCCGUAAAAUUCUAUCUCUAUCGAAGAAGCUUGAAAUCGGGAUUUGGGGAAUGGAGAGUUGGGAUCCGAAUACGAAAUCAACUCUCACGCAGAUCCCGCUUUUGGCGACGAAAGCCGGGCCGAGAGAUGGCGCGGCGUGGAUGCAGCGGCUCAAGGAGGAGUACAAAGCACUGAUAGCGUACACGGCGAUGAACAAGUCCAAGGAUAACGACUGGUUUCGUAUAGCCGCCGCUAAUCCGGAAGGCACGCGCUGGACCGGCAAGUGCUGGUAUGUCCACAAUCUCCUCAAGUAUGAAUUCGACCUCCAAUUCGACAUCCCUGUCACCUACCCCGCCACCGCCCCCGAACUCGAGUUGCCUCAACUCGACGGCAAGACCGAAAAGAUGUAUAGAGGAGGGAAGAUUUGCUUGACGGUGCAUUUCAAGCCACUCUGGGCUAAGAACUGCCCCAGAUUUGGAAUAGCACAUGCACUCUGUUUGGGGCUUGCACCUUGGCUUGCUGCAGAAAUCCCAGUUCUUGUUGAUUCUGGCAUGAUCAAGCAUAAAGAUGAUGCAUCCUCUUCGUCCCUCGACUCUUGAUGAUGACAACCGCUUCUGUUCGCUGUGGCUGCUGAUUGAUGGUAUCUUUAAAUUUAUAAGCUUUGGAUUAUACUGUUAAUUGUGGAAUAAUAAUAAACUAAAUUCAUGGGAAAUACAUACUAAAACUGACAAUGCUAGAUUGUUUUAAAUUUGAUUGUGGAUUUGUGAUAAGAGAAUGCUAAAAGGCCAGCAUCUGUCUACCAUGGUAACCCAAUAUCACUUAAUUUUUUGUGAUUUUAUAUUUUUUAUGCAUCUGUCUCAGGCCUGUAUUUUCUUUUACCCU